AUGAAAUUCUUGAUUGUUUUUGCCUUGGCUUUGGCCACCGCCUCUGCCUUCGAUUUGAGAAGUGAAGAUAUUCAACCCCGCGACAUUUUCGUUGAUACCGAGGGCCGUAUCACCAAUGGUCAUGAUGCCGCUGUUGGCCAAUUUCCCUACCAAGUUGGUCUUUCCUUGAAGGUUAACGCUUUGUCCUCGGCCUGGUGUGGUGGUUCUUUGAUUGGCAACCAAUGGGUUUUGACUGCUGCUCACUGUACCGAUGGUAUCGCCUCCAUUACCGUGUACUUGGGUGCCACCAUCCGUACCUCGGCCGAAAUCACCCACACCGUUACCAAGGACAAUGUCAUCAUCCACUCCGACUGGAACAGCAAGACCUUGAAGAACGACAUCUCCCUGAUCAAGAUCCCCUCCGUCACCUACACCAACAAGAUCAAGCCCGUUAAAUUGCCCGCCAUUGCCAGCUCUUACUCCACCUAUACCGGUGAUCUCGUCAUUGCUUCCGGUUGGGGCCGUACCUCUGAUUCUGCCACCGCGGUUGCCAAACAAUUGCAAUACGCCGAAAUGAAGGUCAUCAGCAACACUGUCUGCAAAUCGACCUUCGGUACCACCAUUACCGCUUCCAAUUUGUGCGUUUCCACUCCCGAUGGUGUUUCCACCUGCAACGGUGACUCUGGCGGUCCAUUGGUCUUGAAAUCUAACAGCGUCCAAAUUGGUUUGACUUCCUUCGGAGCUGCUGCCGGUUGUGAAAAGGGUUACCCAGCUGCCUUCACUCGUGUCACCAGCUACUUGGAUUGGAUCAAGGAACACACUGGUAUCUCUUACUAAGAGAAGUACUAG